AUGUUGCAAUUAAUCCUAGGUGGCGCGCGUUCAGGCAAAAGUAAAUUAGCUGAACAAAUCGCAAAAGACUCAAAUCUAGAGGUCAUUUAUAUUGCUACCGCCCAAGCGUGGGAUGAUGAAAUGCGACAACGUAUUUCACACCAUCAGACACAACGACUUGAUGGAUGGCGGCUGAUUGAAGAACCACUUUACCUAGCAGAUUGUUUAAAACAAAUAGAUCAAGAAAAGCAGGUGAUUUUGGUGGAUUGCUUAACCUUAUGGAUAAGUAAUUUAUUGAUGCAUGAGAACUCAAAUCUGCAGUGCAUCGAAUGUGAAAAAUUGCUGAAAAUUCUACCUACAUUAAAGUCUAAAAUUGUUUUAGUCAGCAAUGAAACAGGACUAGGUGUUAUACCAAUGGGUGAAAUAACCCGAAAAUUUGUUGAUGAAUCAGGACGUUUACAUCAACUAUUAGGUCAAAUUGCUGAUAAAGUAGUGUUUUGCGUCGCUGGUUUUCCGAUAUGGAGAGCAACAAUGAAUUGGUGGUUAGAAGCAUGUAAAGUGCCAAACGCAGAAACAAAACAACAGGCUGAAGAACGUCAAUUACAAUUGACCAAGCCAACAGGCUCGCUGUCUGUUUUGGAAAAUGUCGCCGUGCAAUUGGCUGCUUUGCAAAGUAACUCAAAACCCAAUGUAGAUAAACCUUGGAUUACGAUUUUUGCAGGUGAUCAUGGGGUAAUGGCUGAAAAUAUUUCUGCCUAUCCGCAAGCAGUCACUCGCCAAAUGCUGCAAAACUUUGCAACAGGUGGCGCGUGUAUCAGUGUAAUUGCUAAAGAAUAUGCCGCGACCUUACAAGUCAUUGAUUGUGGCACAGUGGGUGAGGCUUACCAAUAUCAAGGCGUUGAGCGUCAUAGUAUUGCUCAAGGGACUGCUAAUUUCGCUCAACAAGUGGCAAUGACUGAGCAACAAUGUCAGCAAGCUAUGGCGCUAGGUCGCGAAAGUGUAGAAAAAGCCAUUGCACAGGGUGCUUCAAUUUACAUCGCUGGAGAAAUGGGGAUUGGAAAUACCUGUUCAGCUUCAGCGAUUGCAUGUUUCUUAUUAAAUGAACCUGCUGAGCAACUGACAGGUGUAGGCACGGGGAUUCGUGCUGAUCAGUUGAUUCAUAAAAAAAAUAUCAUUCAGCAUUCGCUUGAAUUACAUAAAAAUUAUGUUGAAAAUGAUGCAUUUAAAGCUUUGUGUGCUGUAGGUGGCUUAGAAAUUGCUGCAAUGACAGGAGCUUAUAUUCGCUGUGCUCAACUCGGGAUGCCUGUAAUUGUCGAUGGUUUUAUUAGUUCUGUGGCAGCAUUAGUCGCGGUACGACUCAAUCCUGAAGUUCGACAAUGGAUGUUGUUCGGUCAUCAGUCUGCUGAAUAUGGGCAUCAACGCCUAUUACAAGAGUUGAAUGCUGAUCCAUUAUUAAAGCUUAAUUUACGUUUGGGGGAAGGCAGUGGUGCGGGUGCUGCCUUGGGUGUGAUCAAGUUGGCAUGCAGUUUACAUAACAACAUGGCCACUUUUGCAGAAGCUGCGGUAAUUGGCGAGAAAGUUUAA